CCGACGGGCCAUACGAUUUGUUGAAUUCGAAAUCCAGUGAAGCCGAAAACCCUUACCAGCUUAAACCCCGCUUCAACGACGCCGUCAACGGCAAUAGACUUCGCAAAAUGGCUCGGCUUCAGUUAAGCUAAAAGCCGCUUGUUCUAAGCUGUACAAGAAAGGUUCAUACGGAUACGUAUACACGUGAAAGUUACGCGGCGUCCCGCCACUGCAGAAAUUCCCCACGCACUCACGAAGAAAAAACUGUUUGGUCCAAAUUUCGAUACAAAGCAAAGAUAAAUACGAGUACUACUUAUACCAGCCAAAGGAAGAGGAACACACAAAUUUCACCGGCGCAACAUUUUUUUGCCUAUCUUCUUCGAAUCUCUCUGGCUGAUCGUUUUCCUCUUCUUUCCGACGAAGCAAAAUGGCCAAUGCAGCUUCUGGGAUGGCUGUUCAUGAUGAUUGUAAGUUAAGGUUCUUAGAGCUUAAAGCUAAAAGAACAUACCGCUUUAUUGUGUACAAGAUCGAGGAGAAACAGAAACAGGUAGUUGUUGAGAAGGUUGGUGAACCAACCCAAGGGUAUGAGGACUUCGCGGCAAGUCUUCCUGCUGAUGAAUGUCGCUACGCUGUCUAUGAUUUUGAUUUUGUUACUGCAGAGAAUUGCCAGAAAAGCAGGAUUUUCUUCAUUGCCUGGUCUCCUGACACAUCGAGGGUGAGGAGCAAGAUGAUUUACGCUAGUUCAAAAGAUAGAUUCAAAAGGGAGCUAGAUGGGAUUCAGGUCGAACUGCAAGCCACUGAUCCCACUGAAAUGGGACUUGAUGUGAUACAAAGCCGCGCCAACUAAAUAUGGAUUGCUAAAGCUCUCAAGUCUUCUGUGUACUUUUUAAUUCUUGAAUGAAAUGUUCAUAGCUCAUGGUAUGGAACUAAGCUGAUGAUGGUCUUUGUUUCCAAGUAAUACCGCCAAUACGGUGUUCUACUUCUACUUAUAUUGAAUUGCAGUUGUGUUACCAGCAAAUGAUUUGAUUUACUGAGAUAGGAUCUUGUAAUCGAGUGCCACAUCUUGUAGUCUAACAUCUACAAGGCAGAGUACCAUUUAAUGGUUGUGAGGUGACUAGAAUACAAAACAAUACCUCUUCAGCUUCUGACUACAGGCCUAUCUUGUUCAGUUCAGAGGAUUUUGGGUUUCAGACUGUGAACUUGAUUUUUUGCUUCUCUUUGGGGUGAUCUAAUACUAUUUGCUUGUGCCACUUAAAUGAUGGAGUACGCAGUAUCUUUUUCUCCUUAUUUAACUAGCUUUGAUUUGAUAACAUCUAAUGGACUUGUGGGAACUUGGAACACAACAUUUUUUGCAUCCGAUAUUUUUCUGCUUCCCUGUAAAAAUAGAGGAUGUAGCAAGGGGGUAUUUUUAGUUGUAGUAGAAAAAUCGCUAUAGCCUCUGCAAAUUUAGAUGGGUGGAGGAAUCUCCUAACAAGCCUUUACCGCCAAUUUUGUUAGAGGAUGCCGUGAUCGUGAAGAAUUUUUUUUUUUUUUAAAGAAAAACAAACAAAAACUAAACAGGGACAAUAUUAUGGAGAUAAAUACCCUAAUAACAUCAUCCUCAAGCCA